AAUAAUACGGCAGCAGAAGAAAGCAUCUGUGCAACCCAGGCUCACCAUCAGACACACAAGCAGGGAAUCAGAGAGCACGACAAAGACGUCCGGCUUUACGCUGCAGUAUCAAUCAACGCAAUACAAUAAAGAAAAGGACGCUUUAAAAACGGUGUGGUCUGUGAAUCUGGCAAAUACAUCUUAGCCAAGAAAACACAGUACAGUACCCGGAAUCAUAGGUUAUAAACCAUUGAAGAUGUCCUUUGAGAGAGACAUGGAGUUUGAGCACUUUGACGAGCGAGAUAAAGCACAGAGGUAUAAUCGAGGAAGCUCACGGGCAAAUGGUUUGCAAAGCCCCACUCAUAGCGCCCAUUGCAGCCUGUACCGAACCCGCACCCUGCAAGCACUCAGCUCUGAGAAGAAGGCGAAGAAAGUUCGCUUUUACCGCAACGGAGACCGGUACUUCAAUGGGAUCGUAUACGCCAUCUCUCCAGACAGGUUUAGGUCUUUCGGUGCUCUGCUGGCUGAUCUAACCAGGGCUCUGUCUGAUAAUGUAAACUUGCCACAGGGAGUGAGGACCAUCUAUACAAUUGAUGGCGACAGAAAAAUCUCCUCCCUGGAUCAGCUGAUGGAAGGUGAAAGCUAUGUGUGCGGCUCAAUAGAAUCCUUCAAGAAACUAGAGUACACAAAGAAUGUAAACCCGAACUGGUCAGUGAAUGUCAAGACGCUGGCCCCCGCCCGCACCUCGCCUUCCCUGGGUGGCUCCAAGGCCAGCCCUGUCGAGGCCAGAGAGAGCAAAGACUUCAUCCGGCCCAAGCUGGUCACUAUCAUCCGCAGUGGCGUGAAGCCCCGCAAAGCCGUCCGGAUUCUCCUUAACAAGAAGACGGCCCACUCCUUUGAUCAAGUCCUCACAGACAUCACGGACGCCAUCAAGCUGGACAGUGGGGUGGUGAAACGAAUCUACACACUGGAUGGGAAACAGGUGUUGUGCCUUCAGGAUUUCUUUGGAGAAGAUGAUAUUUUUAUUGCGUGUGGACCAGAGAAGUUCCGCUAUCAGGAUGACUUCCUUCUUGAUGAAAGUGAAUGUAGAGUGGUGAAAUCUACUUCGUACAAUAAAAUAGCGACGGUGCCAGGCAGGAGUACUGCUAAGAGCCCGGGCUCCUCAAGGCGUAGCAAGUCCCCAGCUUCUACAGGCUCAGUCAAUGGGACUCCUGGCAGCCAGCUGUCUACCCCCCGGUCUGGAAAGUCCCCAAGUCCAUCACCUACCAGCCCCGGGAGCCUGCGCAAGCACAGGAGUUCUCAGCACAGCGGUUCCUCAGUAUCUUUAGCGUCUACUAAGGUCUGUAGCUCAAUGGAUGAAAACGAUGGACCAGGGAGUGAAGUAGAAGUGAUGGAGGAAGGUCCCCAAGUUCCAGCCUCAAUUGCAGAGAGAUACAAGGUGGGAAGGACAAUAGGAGAUGGCAAUUUCGCAAUAGUACGAGAAUGUGUAGAGAGGUCAACUGGCAGAGAAUAUGCUUUGAAAAUUAUCAACAAAAGCAAGUGCAGAGGAAAAGAACACAUGAUACAAAAUGAAGUUUCUAUUCUCAGAAGGGUAAAACAUCCAAAUAUUGUUCUAUUAAUUGAGGAAAUGGACACAUAUACUGAGCUUUACCUCGUCAUGGAACUUGUCAAGGGGGGCGAUCUCUUUGAUGCCAUUACUUCCACUAACAAAUACACAGAGCGAGAUGCCAGUGGGAUGCUGUACAAUCUAGUCUGCGCUAUCAAAUACCUGCAUAGCCUUAACAUCGUCCACAGAGACAUCAAACCUGAAAACCUUCUGGUUUAUGAACACCAAGACGGUAGCAAAUCCCUAAAGCUUGGUGAUUUUGGCCUAGCCACAGUCGUCGAUGGACCUCUGUACACAGUUUGUGGAACCCCAACAUAUGUAGCACCAGAGAUCAUUGCAGAGACUGGAUACGGCCUGAAGGUGGACCUCUGGGCUGCAGGCGUGAUCUCAUACAUCCUGCUCUGUGGCUUCCCUCCAUUUCGGGGAAGCAGUGAGGAUCAGGAAGUCCUCUUUGACCAGAUUUUAAUGGGGCAGCUGGAUUUCCCCUCUCCGUACUGGGACCACAUUUCAGACUCUGCCAAGGAGCUAAUCACGUUGAUGCUGCAGGUGGAGGUAGACCAGCGGUAUUCUGCAUUGCAGGUGCUGGACCAUCCUUGGGUCAAUGAUGACGGGAUGCCAGAGAACGAGCAUCAACUCUCAGUAGCCGGGAAGAUCAAGAAACACUUCAACACAGGUCCCAAACCCAAUAGCACGACAGCUGGAGUAUCUGUUAUAACACUGGACCACGGGUUUACCAUCAAGAGAUCAGGGUCAUUGGACUACUACCAACAACCAGGAAUGUAUUGGAUAAGACCACCGCUCUUGAUAAGGAGAGGCAGGUUUUCCGACGAAGACGCAACCAGGAUGUGAGGAAGAUGUACGGGGCACAGCACACCACCACCACAGCAGAGCUGACCUCGGAAUCAGAAGACUACUCACCCAGCUCGUCGGAGACCGUCCGCUCACCUAACUCACCUUUUUAACACUCCCCUUUGUCAAACAAACAAAGUUGCCUGACCCUUUGAACGCUACAUUUUUUUUUGUGUGUAUUUAUGUUUUAAGUUAUGUUUGAACAGCUACAGCCCUGCAAAGCUUUAUACUUAAUUACAUGUAUUGGUCAGGUUGGAGCUGCUGUAUUGAAUGGAUGAUCUGCAGUGGAGACUAGAAGCAAUGUUCCAAUAACAGUUAAUCCUUCACUCUUUCCAGUUAGAUUGGAUGUCACAUUAAGCAACAGAAAGUGAUGGCACUUACAUGCAAACCAAUCUGUAUAUAUGACUUGGUAGAUCUGAAAUUAUGAUCUGUGUAGUAAAAUGGUCUUGAUCAUAUUAAUUUCAAUAGGUGGUUAUAUAAUACAUGUCCAGCAGGUGGUGUUUGUAUAAAUACAAAUGGUCAGUUCUGGGUUUAACCAAUUAGAGAGAUCAUUUAUUGGGCAGUGUGAAUGCCAGGAGAUAAUUGGUUCCGAGCUAUUUGGAAUUUUAAGACAGCAUUAAAUUAAAAAAAAACAAAAACAAAAACAAGAUUACUUUAAUUUUUGUAUUCAAAUUGGAUUCUAAAUGGAUAACGAAAUUGUUUGACUUUCAAAAUGCAUGCCAAGCAAGUAAAAUAUGCAAAUGAGCUUGAAUGAAUUAAAUACAUGUAUAAUUCCUAAAGAUUCAUCAGCUUUGGCUUACGGAAAUAUAAUGCAAUAAUGAUCAUCACGUAGCCUUUUUAAAUCUUUUUUUUUCUUAAAUAAUCCAUUUUGAGUCCAAAAUGAAUCUAUAAAUGAUAAGGUCUACAGAAAAUAUGCAAUGUAAAAACUUUGUUCUCAGUUGGAGUGCAGAUACACGAAAGUGAAUAGGAUACUUUUUUCUUGCAGUGUAAGUUUUCUAGAACCCUGUGACACGGUAGCCUCACAGCCCAGAUGGUAUUUGCAGGGAGAGGAGACUCAGACACAGAAAGCUGCAAGUUAAAUUGCGCAAAUGUGCUCUUUAAUAAACAAAUAAACAAAAAUAACAGACAAAACACACUGAACAAAAUAAAGGGUACAAGGGCCAAAACAAAAGGUUCUACAAAAACUCACAAACGUAAACAAGACAGCACAGCGUAGACCAUAGACCAGAGACCACCACCUCCACCUCCACCUCUAUCUCUAUCUCUAUCUCUAUCUCUAUCUCUAUCUCUAUCUCUAUCUCUAUCUCUAUCUCUAUCUCUAUCUCCACCUCCACCUCCACCUCCACCUCCACCUCCAUCUCCAUCUCCAUCUCCAUCUCCACCUCCACCUCCACCUCCACCUCCACCUCCACCUCCAUCUCCAUCUCCACCUCCACCUCCACCUCCACCUCCACCUCCACCUCCACCUCCACCUCCAUCUCCAUCUCCACCUCCACCUCCACCUCCACCUCCACCUCCACCUCCAUCUCCAUCUCCAUCUCCAUCUCCAUCUCUAUCACCAACAUGAGUCCUACUAACCUCCUCUAACACCCGUGAACACCUAUUUUAUACACCUGUGGCUGGAGUCUAAUUAAUCAUUUAAUCAUUUAUUCAAUUGUCGGCUCCAGCCACAUUCUCACAUGUUUUGACAGGGAGAAAUGUAGCCUCCUCCCUGCCAACCUAAUAUUUCCCACACAACACGCACCUGUGCACCGGCAGGGCUUUCACCCUGCCACACUGCCACAAACCCAAAUCUCAGACAGGAGUAAACUAGCCACAUUAGCUAACAAUGUGCACUCUAUGCAAACUGGCAGUUAACCAAAUUAAAUCCUGGUAGUCAUACCUUUCUCUAACUGGCAAGGACAUCUGUAUAGGUAUACUCUGGUAGCACUUUGAACUGUUCUUUCACAUUUAAGAGGGAAGGAUUAGCUUCAUAUUGUGUGGUUACUGCAGAUGAGUGCACAAGUAAGAAUGUUUUUUCAUCUUUUUGUAUGAUAUUUUUUAUUUAGAUAAGAUGAUGCCAGGUUUCAAAGGAAGAAUGGGUUAAUUUUUUAUGCUGCAUUGUCGAGGGAUAGCUGUAUUUUUUAUGAAAAAAGGUUAUGCACAAUGCAGAUCUGUGCACAAGUAGAACGGUUAUUGUUUUAAUGAAGCGUUAGUGAUACCGUACUGUAUGUUACAUUUUUUAACUUAAAGGGUGAGGCAAUUUGGAGAAAAGAAAUCGGAAAUGGUGAAUAUUUUUUUUUUCAGUUUUUCUUUUUAUUUAUUUGUUCAAGCUAGGAAAUUGCUGCAAUGAUACAGCAUGUGCACAAUAUUUAGUUCUAGCUCAGGUUAACCCUCUGAGUACUGAGCUGUGUUUAUCUAUCUAUUUAUUUUCUGCACCGCAGAUUGCAGCUACUGGAUGGAAAUAGGCAGAGGGUAUUCAACAGAACUCAAUGGAUCAGUUAUCUU